GGGGUCGACCCGGGCUCGCAGGGCGUUGGCCGGGUAGUUAGCUGCAGCUGGGCGAGCGCGUCGGCGGAACGGAGGACUGGCCAUGGAGCGCGAGGUCCAGCGGGUUCGCGCGGCGUUCGGGUCCGGCCGCUCGCGCCCCCUGACGUUCCGGCGGCGGCAGCUCGAGGCCCUGCGCGCGAUGGUGCAGGAGCGCGAGAGGGACAUCCUGACGGCCAUCGCCGCCGACCUGAGCAAGAGUGAAUUCAACGCAUACAGUCAAGAAGUCAUCACCGUGCUUGGGGAAAUUGAUCUCGCGCUGGAGAAGCUUCCCGAAUGGGCUGCCGCUAAACCAGCUCAGAAGAACCUGCUCACCAUGCUGGACGAGGCCUACGUCCAGCCAGAGCCCCUGGGAGUCGUGCUCAUUAUCGGAGCUUGGAACUACCCCUUUGUCCUCACCAUCCAGCCUCUGAUAGGAGCCAUCGCUGCAGGAAAUGCUGUGAUUAUCAAGCCUUCUGAAGUAAGUGAAAAUACAGCCAAGGUCUUGGCUAAGCUCCUCCCUCAGUACUUAGACCAGGACCUGUACGCGGUUGUUAAUGGUGGCAUAGAGGAAACCACGGAGCUUCUGAAGCAGCGAUUUGACCACAUUCUCUAUACGGGAAACACCACUGUUGGAAAAAUUGUCAUGGAAGCCGCCGCCAAGCAUCUGACCCCAGUGACCCUUGAACUGGGAGGGAAGAGUCCAUGUUACGUUGACAAAGACUGUGACCUGGACGUUGCCUGCAGACGCAUCACCUGGGGCAAGUACAUGAACUGCGGCCAGACCUGCAUUGCCCCCGACUACGUGCUCUGCGAGCCGUCCCUCCAGGACCUGAUCGUGCGGAAGGUGAAGGAGGCCGUGAAGGAAUUUUAUGGAGAAAAUAUAAAAGAAUCCCCCGACUAUGAAAGGAUCAUCAACCUUCGUCAUUUUAAGAGGAUACGAAGUUUGCUCGAAGGACAGAAGAUAGCUUUUGGUGGGGAGACCGAUGAGGCCACACGCUACAUAGCCCCAACGAUACUCACUGAUGUGGAUCCUGAAACCAAGGUGAUGCAAGAGGAAAUUUUUGGACCAAUUCUUCCAAUAGUGCCUGUGAAGAAUGCAGAUGAAGCCAUACAAUUCAUAAAUGAACGCGAAAAGCCCCUGGCUUUCUACGUGUUUUCUCAUAACACUAAGCUCAUCAAGCAGAUGAUCGACAGGACGUCCAGUGGGGGCGUCACGGGCAACGACGUCAUCAUGCACUUCAUGCUCAGCUCCCUGCCCUUCGGAGGCGUGGGGUCCAGUGGGAUGGGAGCGUAUCACGGAAAACACAGUUUCGAUACUUUUUCGCAUCAGCGUCCCUGUUUAUUAAAAAGCCUAAAGCGAGAAGGCGCAAACAAACUCCGGUAUCCUCCCAAUAGCCAGUCGAAGGUGGACUGGGCAAAACUGUUCUUCCUGAAACGGCUCAACAGAGGAAAACUCGGGCUUCUGCUGCUCGCCCUCCUGGGCGUCGUGGCGGCAGUGCUCAUAAAGGCUGGAUGCUACUGAAGAGUGAUCCAUGCCACCUCGUCAUCUUCUCUACUGAAUUAUUCUUCUACCAAAUAGUUAAUGAACCAGUAAUUUUUAAAUCCUACCAAAAAUUGUAAGAAAAUAUGCAAAUGCACCAUCGCCAAACCUAAAAGUCAUUGCCACUCACCGUUAAUAAAACUCGCUGGGCUUCCCUGGUGGCGCAGUGGUUGAGAGUCCGCCUGCUGAUGCAGGGGACAUGGGUUCGUGCCCUGGUCCGGGAAGAUCCCACAUGCCACGGAGUGGCUGGGCCCGUGAAAAAAAAAAAAAACAACUCGCUGUUUCAGCCAAAGCCGAGCACUCGCCCGCCCAGUAGUGAGACACCUGGAGAACCCCCAUCCCUAGAGCUCUGGGCUGGGGGAGGGGAGAGCAUGCUGGGUGAACCUGAGUUCGCAGAACCUGCUCAGCGACCCUGCUGCUCACGGGACAUGGGACACCCUGCCCCUACCGCAGGCAUCACCCUGUGGCCUUCCAGAGCCCAGCCCCGCCCAGGUUUCCAGGCCUCAGUCCAGAGAGGUGAGGUGAGGUCUCCCAGCCCCCUUGGGGCUCGAGGCACCUAGAACUGGGGUGGGGGGGUCCCUGUCCCUCGUCUAUUGGGACUUGAAGGCCUGACCUCCGGGAGUCGGCCCUCCUCUCUCAUCCACUGUCGGUCCUGUCUCGUGCUUGGUUUGUGAUGGUCCGUGUGGCCAUACACACAUGGUUUUGUGACUGAUGUCACUCAGAACAUCUUGUAAAUCCUAGGGCUUCCCGGAAGACAGCUGCCAAUUUCACGCAAGUAUCGGCUGUCAUCCAUAGGGUGCAGGAGUUGUAGAGUUCUGCGUCUUACAAAACCAACCUGGCAUUUUUUACUGCUGUCCUGAAAGUACUCAUAACAAUACUUAUCCUCGCAUAAUAGGCCCUUCAAGUUGCAAGUUAAUGGCUCUUCAAGGACAAAUCUAUGUUUCUUAUUUCUGUAGCACAAGGCAAGUAAAUUUCCCUUUUUUAAACUUGA